AUGCCAACUGAGUAUGGAUCAAGCAUAUACAAAGAUGAUCAUCCGAAACUCGACGCUGGGUCUGUAAUGGUUCUUCGACAUGCGGGAUGCCUCAUCUUCGGGAAAACAACAACUACCGAAUUUGCUGCCUCAUUCAUCGGUCCAGCCACUCGUAACGCUCACAGCACUACACACACACCAGGAGGCUCAUCCGCUGGGUCGGGAGCUGCAGUAGCUGAUUUCCAAAUCCCCAUAGCGCUUGGAUCUCAGACGAAAGGUUCCAUCGUCCGGCCAGCUUCUUUCAAUGGUGUUUACGGCUUUAAACCUACCUGGCACUCCAUCACUCGUGAAGGACAGAAGUUCUGUUCUCCUACCGUUGAUACAAUUGGGUUCUUCGCUCGUAGAGUUGCAGACUUUGAGUUAAUAGCCGAUGCGUUCUCUUUGCACGAUGACGAAGAAUCUUCAUUCAAGGAACUGGCGGGAUCCAAGUUUGCUGUAUGUAAGCCAGUCCAGUGGCAUAUGGCUGGUGAAGGCACCAUCACAGCUAUGGCCAAAGCGGUAGAGUUACUCAGAGCUGCUGGUGCGCAGGUUGAGGAGCUCGACCUUGGCCCAAACUUUGAACAGGUUGUCGAGUGGCACGAAAUAAUUGUACUGGCCAGAGGAGUAGAUGAACGAAACAAUAUCUCGCGCAGAUCGCAACUCGAUGCAUAUGAUGGACUUUCGGCAUUGCGACCACGCUUCGAUAAGAUAGCCGAGGAAUAUGUGGCAGUUCUAACGCCGAGUGUACUUGACGAGGCUCCAGAGGGGCUUGGAAAUACAGGCAAUCCCAUAUUUGCAUCACCUUGGACUGCCUUACACACACCGGUGGUCAAUAUCCCGGGGUUCCGAGGCAAGAAUGAUAUGCCAGUUGGUGUCUCGUUGGUCGCAGCACGACUUCGCGAUCGUCACCUACUCAAGGUGAGCGAAGCCGAUAUUCAGAAAAAUACGACAGCAUAUUGCGAAGACCCUCCAGUAAACGGAUCUUACUCCCGGCACACAGCAGUAGGGGGGGUGGCAACGAGCCAAGCAGAAAUUGCAUAG